AUGUCGUUGAGCUUAUAUUGGGCUUCAGCGUUCAUUUUACCAAAGAGAGUUACAAACGAAAUUGAGAAGAGGCUGCGAAACUUCUUAUGGAAGGGCUCAACAAAUAGUGGCUAUGCUAAGGUAGCGAGGCUGCGAAACUUCUUAUGGAAGGGCUCAACAAAUAGUGGCUAUGCUAAGGUAGCAUGGAAAGAAUUGUAUCGGCAGAUGGACGAGGGAGGUCUUAGGUUCAAGGACAUUACUACCUUGAAUCGAGCCUUAAUGACUAAGAAACUCUGUGAUAUCAUUCGGUGUGAUCAAACCUCUAUUCGGGUUGAAUGGCUAUACAAUGGCCAGUUACAAGACACUUCCAUAUGGACAAUUCGAGAGCAUGGAGAUUCAUGGAGUUGGAGGAAACUCCUACGUCUACGGAUUUUUCUCCGUCCUAUGGUGGACUACCAAAUCGGAGAUGGGCGAAAAUUUCACCUUUGGCAGGACCCGUGGCAUUACCUCGGACCACUUAUUGAGACAUUUCCAUGUGGACCGAGGCUCCUUGGAAUUGAGGAGACAGCAAAAUUCAGCACGAUGAUUAGUGGAGGAGAAUGGUAG